CAUGGAGAAUAAAGAAACCCUCAGGGGGUUGCAGAAGAUGGAUGACCGCCCAGAAGAGCGCAUGAUCAGGGAGAAACUCAAGGCAACGUGUAUGCCAGCCUGGAAGCAUGAAUGGCUGGAAAGAAGAAGCAGGAGAGGCCCUGUGGUGGUGAAACCUAUCCCCGGGAAAGGAGAUGGAGCAGAAAUGAACAAAGUCUCUCUAGAAUCUCAAGCUGAAGGACAAAGCACUGCUUCACCUACACAGAAAGGAAGACGUAGUCCUUCUCCUAGUAGCUCCUCUUCAUCAUCUUCUAGGACGGUUAAAUCUGAAUCUCCAGGUGUUAGAAGAAAAAGGGUAUCUCCAGUGCCUUUUCAGAGUGGACGAAUAACACCACCUCGACGAGCCCCAUCUCCAGAUGGCUUCUCUCCAUACAGCCCUGAGGAAACAAAUCGUCGUGUCAACAAAGUUAUGCGAGCCAGGCUGUACUUGCUGCAGCAGAUAGGACCCAACUCUUUCUUAAUUGGAGGAGACAGCCCUGAUAAUAAAUACAGAGUGUUUAUUGGGCCUCAGACCUGUAGCUGUGGCCGUGGGACAUUUUGUAUUCAUCUGCUGUUUGUUAUGCUGCGGGUGUUCCAGCUUGAACCCUCAGACCCAAUGCUCUGGAGAAAGACACUGAAGAACUUUGAGGUUGAGAGUUUGUUCCAGAAAUAUCACAGUAGGCGUAGCUCGAGGAUCAAAGCUCCAUCUCGUAACACCAUCCAGAAGUUUGUCUCACGCAUGUCCAAUUCUCAUACAUUGUCAUCAUCUAGUACUUCCACAUCUAGUUCAGAAAACAGUAUGAAGGAUGAAGAAGAACAGAUGUGCCCCAUUUGUUUGUUAGGCAUGCUGGAUGAAGAGAGCCUAACUGUGUGUGAAGAUGGCUGCAGGAACAAAUUACACCACCACUGCAUGUCAAUAUGGGCAGAAGAAUGCAGAAGAAACAGAGAGCCACUUAUCUGUCCACUUUGUAGAUCUAAAUGGAGAUCUCAUGAUUUCUACAGUCAUGAUUUGCCAAGCCCUGUGGAUUCUUCUGUUCUCCGUGUGGUUCAGCAACAAACUCAGCAGCAAUCUACAGCUGGAUCACAGAGAAGAACUCAAGAUAGCAAUUUUAACCUUACACAUUAUGGGGUCCAGCACAUCCCUUCUGCCUAUAAAGAUUUAGCUGAGCCAUGGAUUCAGGUAUUUGGAAUGGAGUUAGUUGGCUGCUUGUUUUCUCGAAACUGGAAUAUACGAGAGAUGGCACUUAGACGUCUUUCCCAUGAUGUUAGUGGUGCUCUAUUACUGGCUAAUGGUGAAGGCACUGGAAAUUCUGGAGGUAGCAAUGGAAACAACACAAGUGCUGGAGCUCUGGGAGCAGCUAGCGGGUCAUCUCAGACCAGUAUCUCAGGAGAUGUGGUGGUGGAAUCCUGCUGCAGUGUGCUGUCCAUGGUCUGUGCUGACCCUGUCUACAAAGUGUAUGUUGCUGCUUUAAAAACUUUAAGAGCCAUGCUGGUAUAUACUCCCUGUCAUACUUUGGCAGAGAGGACUAAACUACAGCGACUUCUUAAGCCAGUUGUUGAGACGAUAUUAGUUAAAUGUGCAGAUGCCAACAGUCGAACAAGUCAACUUUCAGUCUCAACACUAUUGGAGAUGUGUAAAGGCCAAGCAGGCGAGCUGGCAGUUGGGAGAGAAAUACUUAAAUCUGGGUCCAUUGGUAUUGGUGGUGUUGAUUAUGUCUUAAAUUGUAUUCUCGGAACCCAAACUGAGUCUAGCAACUGGCAAGCGCUACUGGGUCGACUUUGUCUAAUAGACAGACUUCUGUUGGAAUUUCCUGGUGAAUUUUAUCCCCACAUUGUCUGUGGAGAUGUUUUACAGGCUGAUACCAUAGUAGACAGGUAUAAGAAACUUCUCUCCCUCUUAACUCUCGCCUUGCAGUCAAUUGACAAUUCCCACUCAAUGGUUGGUAAACUGUCACGGAGAGUAUUUUUGAGUGCAGCAAGAAUGGUGGCAAGAGUGCCCCAUGUUUUUGUAAAGCUGUUAGAGAUGUUGAGUGUGACAAGCUCAACUCAUUAUGCAAGGAUGCGUCGACGUCUGAUGGCAAUAGCAGAUGAAAUGGAAAUUGCAGAAGCCAUCCAGCUAGGCAUGGAAGAAAUGCAGGCUGGGGAAUGUCGACAUGAAGACUUUUUGCAGCUACCUGUACCAGAUAACUCUCCAGAAGCUACAGAAAGUAAUACUCCUAACAAUACUGUCCAGUUAUCAGGGAAAAGUGGGAAAGGUUUAAGUGAUAAAAAACUGAGUGCCAGUCCAGAGGACAUUUCUGAGAUGCUGGCUGGCCUUGCUGUGGGACUUCCUGUUUCACCAGCAACCACUGAGCAACCAAAGCCAGCCAUUCAAACAAAAGGAAAACCCCACAGUCAGUGUUUGAACUCUUCUCCCUCAUCCAGUCAUUCCCAGUCACUAUUCCCAACGCUUUUGUCUCCUUCAAACCCAUCUGUACCAGCUGGCACUGUAACAGAUGUCUCUAAACUUAGACCUCAGGGAUUCGUUCCCUGCAAAAUCCCUUUACCUUCUCCUCAAACACAGCGGAAACUUUCUCUCCAGUUUCAGAGAAACUGUUCUGAAAAUAAAGAACCAGAGAAACUUUCUCCAGUUUUUACCCAAGCCAGGCCGUUGCCAUCCAGUCACAUACACAGGCCAAAGCCAUCACGACCCACACCAAGUGAUGUGAACAAGCAGGGAGAAACCUUAAAAAACAGUAUGACACUUGACCUGAAUGAUAUUUCACAGUGUGAUGGCAAUAGUAGUAGUAGCAGCAGUGCAGUUAUACCAAGUGAAGAGACAGUGUUCACACCAGUAGAUGAAAAAUGUCGAUUGGAUGUUAAUGCAGAGCUCAACUCCAGUAUUGAGGACCUACUUGAGGCCUCCAUGCCAACGAGUGAUGGCACAGUUACAUUCAAGUCUGAAGUGGCAGUUCUUUCUCCUGAGCGGGCAGAAAAUGAUAAUACUUACAAAGAUGAUGUAAAUCAUAAUCAAAAAUGCAAGGAAAAGAUGGAAGCUGAAGAAGAGGAAGCUUUAGCUAUCGCUAUGGCAAUGUCAGCAUCUCAAGAUGCCCUGCCAAUAAUUCCCCAACUACAGGUCGAAAAUGGUUUUUUUUCAGCAGGAUGUAAGUAUACAUAUGGGAAUUUAGUACAAGUCUCAGCUGAGACACCAGAAACUCUGCCUGGACAUACCAAAGCAAAACACCAUUACAGAGAAGAUGCGGAAUGGCUUAAAGGUCAGCAAAUUGGUCUUGGAGCUUUCUCGUCCUGUUACCAAGCUCAAGAUGUAGGAACAGGGACAUUAAUGGCUGUAAAACAGGUGACAUAUGUCAGGAACACAUCAUCUGAGCAAGAAGAGGUAGUUGAAGCACUGAGAGAAGAAAUAAGGAUGAUGAGUCAUCUGAACCAUCCUAACAUUAUUCGCAUGUUGGGUGCUACAUGUGAGAAGAGCAACUAUAACCUCUUUAUUGAAUGGAUGGCAGGAGGUUCAGUUGCUCAUUUGUUAAGUAAAUACGGAGCCUUCAAAGAAUCAGUUAUUAUUAAUUACACAGAACAACUGUUACGUGGCCUUUCUUACCUCCAUGAGAAUCAGAUAAUCCACAGAGAUGUUAAAGGUGCCAAUUUGCUAAUUGACAGCACAGGUCAUAGAUUAAGAAUUGCUGACUUUGGAGCUGCAGCCAGGUUGGCAUCAAAAGGAACUGGUGCUGGGGAGUUUCAGGGGCAGUUGUUGGGAACUAUUGCAUUUAUGGCACCGGAGGUUCUGAGAGGUCAGCAAUAUGGUAGGAGCUGUGAUGUGUGGAGCGUUGGCUGCGUUGUUAUAGAAAUGGCUUGUGCUAAACCUCCCUGGAAUGCAGAGAAACACUCCAAUCAUCUUGCUCUGAUAUUUAAGAUUGCUAGCGCCACUACUGCUCCAUCAAUCCCUACACAUCUGUCUCCUGGCUUGAAAGAUGUGACUCUUCGGUGUUUAGAACUUCAACCUCAGGACAGACCCCCAUCAAGGGAGCUGCUGAAACACCCAGUCUUCCGUACUACAUGGUAGCUACUAAGGCUGACAUACUGGAGAAGAUGCUACUGAAUAUACAAUAACUGUCUUACAAUUUGCUGUGCUUAAUGGCACUGCAUUAUUCUGCUGGCCUUAAUGAUACAUCAAGGACGUAAGGCCAGUAGAGGACCCUACCUAAGUAUGUGAUUGACAAAUCAAGAUCUUUACCUAAGCUCAGUAUGCAACAUUUCAGAACUUGUGCAGAGAUUUGUAAACUGUGCCUUUUCAAACAUCUGGCUCUAUGUGAACACAAAAGCAUUCUUCCUUAAAUCUGCAUGAUUAUUUAGCAGAGAAGUGAUUUUUAUUUUAUUUGGAGCACUUUUUCAGCAAUAUUAGCAGCUGAGGGGCUCAGGAUCUAUUUUAAUAUAGCAAUCACUGUUCCAUUUCAUAUCAUGUAGAUGUAAGCAGAGGGUUCUGCAAUUAGUCAGUUUUCAGCACUGGUUAAAAGGAAGUUCUGUAUCUGUCCUUUUUAAUUACACAAAGUUCUCUGAGUAACAAAUCCAAACAUUGAUGGAUACUUUAAAAAAACAUUUUGCCUUCCUUUAAAGUAAGAGCAGGCAGUUGUGGUUCACUGUGCAUUUACUGCUGGCCAUGUAAUUUCUUUUGAAAUUAAAGUUUGUUUUCAUUGUAUUUUUAACUUUCAGGGAAAGGGGAUCUUUUAAAAUAGUCUUUAGAAAAAGAUGCAAGCUGUGUCAUAGAACAUCUUGCUGAUACAAGAGUUUUAAAAACAGAUUUGCUGGAAAUCUGGAAUAAAA